AGACUCUGGUUUCCCUACAGAUUCAUGCCUAUGGAAACCUCUCUAAUCGGUCUACUGUGAUAUCUUUACAGCCGUAAGAGAUAAUAUUCUUAGGCGAGAGUAGCGUGACGUACAGGACCGAGGAGAGUAAUAUAAUAGAAAUAGAGUAUUAUAUUCUGAUCAUCUGAUUUAAGUCAGAUGUGUACGGAAGAACUUACGUGGGUGUGUGAGUGUCAGACUCGUAGACUACAUUUUUGCUGUUGUCAAGAACUGUGCAUAUCAUGAUCUGUAGUAUAUUUAAAAGUGAUUGUGUUGUAGUUGUGGUGAAAAAGUGAACGUAAAUAAUGGGUGCUUUGUUUGGUAAAAGUAAAAAACAUGUGAGUCGGGUAACGGAGCAGGACAAAGCUAUAUUGCAGUUAAAACAACAACGAGAUAAACUGAAACAGUAUCAGAAGAGAGUAGAGUCUAUGUUGGAGAAAGAUAGACUACUUGCACGGAAACUGUUGCAAGAUGGUAAAAAGGAACGCGCUAAGCUCAUAUUACGGAAGAAAAAGUUUCAAGAACAGCUUCUCGAAAAAACAGACGGGCAAUUGGAAAACCUUCAGAGGCUUGUCCAUGAUUUGGAGUUCGCACAGAUAGAGAUACAGGUAUUAGAUGGACUUAAAGCCGGCAACGAGGCGCUGAAAAAAGUACACGACAUUAUCAGCGUUGAUGAGGUGGAACGAAUUCUUGAAGAAACUCGUGAAGGGGUCGAAAAGCAGCGAGAGAUUGACGAACUGUUGAGUGGCGCAUUGUCUGCUGACGACGAAGAGUCUGUAGAAGCAGAACUAGAAGAAAUAAUAAAGGAAGCUCUUCCAGAUGUCCCCGAAGCCGAGGAUGAAGAGCUAGAAUUACCUGAGGUUCCUACAGAUGAAGUAGAAAGAAGGAAGGAGAAAGCAAGAGCCCAGAAGAGUGUGCAACGACUGCAAGACCAGUGUGAUUGAUAAGAUUUUCGCUAUGUUACUCGUGAACUUUUAUAUGUAUUUCUGUUCUAUUGGAAGAGAAUAGUAAAGUUAAUGUGACAGACAAGAGUAUUGUCGUACUGUUGUCCAUAACUUCAUCAUAAAGUGUGUAUAGGCCUAGCACAUACAGUGCCACUUGUUUUUUCCAGAGUUUAUUCUGGCAUGUGCUGUGAUAAUAAUGUAAGGUGAUAAUGUAGGUUUCUAUAAUGGCCUGUGUCAAUUUGUUGAAUGUUAUUGCUGCUUUCUCAUCCAUAUUCCCCCCCCCCCCCCCCCCCCUCCUUAUGUAUGCAGGAUGCUUCUCAAACUUUUAAUACUGCAAUACUCAAACUGCGGCCUUGUUGGUAUAAAAAUAUUUUAUUCAUAACAAAGUGCCUCUGUGACAUAUUCUUGUGAAGGCAUCUGGUUACCACAUUUAUUUAAACCAGUGUAAAUACUUUUGGAUUAGAGACCACUCACUGAAAAGCAGAAGUGUUAGUUGUUGGUACACACAAAAGGAACAUAAACUUGAUGGCUUUUGGAAUGGGGGUAGUGUCAGAUAGGGUGGGUAGAGGGAGGCUGGAGGCAGGGAGAGGAUGGGGUGUGGGAGGCUAACAGCUCAGAGGGAGACAGCUGAUUAGCUAACAAGAAAUGUGGGAGCAAGGGUUGACGUAUAUGCAUACAAGGCAUGCAGCACAUUGUUGUUGGAGCUGGUGGGUAGUGGCGCACGCUGGAGAUGACAUCGGGACACAAAUUGGAAGGGGGUGACAGGACGGAGGAAGGGAAAACUAUCGGGUGGAGAUCACAGGGGUAGUGGGUUACCAGAGAUCGAGGCCAGAAUGAUUAUGGGAGUGAAAGCUGUGUUGUAAAAAAAACUCCUAAGUUCAGAGAAAGAUCCUCCAUGGCCCGGGUUAUGAAGCAAUCGUGAGCAUUUUGUUUCAGCUGCGUUUUGUGCCACCGAGUGGUAAACUUUGUUCUUGGGACCAGUUUGAUGGCGGCCAUUCAUCGUCAUAGAUGACUAAUUGGCAGUCAUAUCGACAUUGAAAUGUCGUAUGACGAGGGCCUCCCUUUCAACAGAGUUCUCUCUGAUGUGGCAGGAGAAAACUGACAGGCUGGAGUGGGAGGUGCUGAGUGGGUCGAUUAGGCAGGUCCUGCACAGUGAAAGUGGCAUAGUAUGCAUUAGGAUAAUGGAACAGCAUUUUAGGGUGGGAAGGAUGUAGGGUUCGAUGUUCCUCAUUUCCCGUCAUGAUGAGUGAUACUGAAAGCCCUGGUGAAGGUUAAGGUUCAGUUCCCACACCCCCUACCCAACAGUUUGCCCUUUCUCUGUCCGGUCACUCACUCCCAGUUCAUGUCACUUUCAAAAUGCACUGUUCUCCAUUAUCUCUGACAACUGCGCAUCACAAGCCCAGCCUGUGUACUUGCCACCAUCCACACCCUCUUUCACAUUCCUUGCCAGCAAAAUCAAACUGGCUGCCUCUGUCCGAUCUGCUAGCAUCCCACUUCAGAUCCCUCUCCUGCCUCUGGUCUGUCUCUAGCCACCCCCACUUAUCCUGCAACAACCCACAACCUAGCAAUCUCUCUCUCUCUCUCUCUCUCUCUCUCUCUCUCUCUCUCUCUAUCUCUAUCUCUAUCUGUGUGUGUUUGUGUCUGUGUGUGUGUGUGUGUGGGGGGGGGGGGGGUUACUCAGGAAGCUAGCAGGUACUUUCUUUUUGUAGUGACUGUCAACAUCUCUGCUUUUCAGUGAGUGGUCUCAUGUAAGUGUUUCCAUUCUACCAGACCUUUCCUACGAUGCUUGUUUGAAGCCAUUUGUGAAUAAGGAUAAAAUACUAUUUUAACUGUGUUAACCAAAGGUUGUAUUAUUUUGAAGAGUUUGUUGCAGCUUAGAAAAAUAAGAGAUCAACAUUAUUUUUGUAUGUCUAUUAGAUAGUGAAAAGUGUCUUAAAAUGUACAAGCAGGCAAAUUAAAAAAUUUCAUUCUGCAUCAUUAUUACUACUUAAUAACAGCAAGUGUAAUUUAGUCAGAAUUUUUCCACUCGUUGGAUAUUUGCUUAUUUAUUUUCUGCUUCCUUUUUAUCCAGUGUAUGAAAUAGAAAAAAACACAAAUAUUCAAUUUUUAAUAAAAAUAUACCAUGCAAUAUUUUAAUUUUUUUAAUUGUAAAACCUAACGUUAAUUCCAUGUUUUAUAGUACAGAAAAAUCAAGUGACUGCACACCUUAAAUUUCAUUCUCAUGGCCUGAACUGCUGAUUUCAGAAGUGUCUUUUGAAACUAUUUUCAUGGGGAAACCUGUGAGACACUGUCUUGUACCUUUCCUUCCUUCUAGUAUGGCUGUGAAGGUAUAGUGUGUGCAAUGUGUUUCAGUUAGUUCUUUCAUUGUCUUCACUGUAUCUGCCAGGCAAAUGCUAUUUAUUUGUUUGCAGAUUUAAGUUUUAGUAUGAAUUUUUGAUGUUACUGUUCGGUGAGUAAGUGUGAUCAAUAAUAUAGUUAAUGUCACUAUUUAUGUUUAACAUAAGUAGCUAGCUCAUCACUAAAUGUAUGCCCAAAUGUUGCAGUGGAUUAUUUAGCCACUGAGAUGAAUCUAUCCAUCAGCAGCUACAAAAACAUAAAGAAGCCAUCAAAAAAAUCCAACAUCAAUUUACAUUUAUGAAAAUAUACUGGAAAAAAGGUUAAAUUUUAUUGCACUGUCAUAAGAUCUGCUUGAUUACUUGGAACUGAGAUGUUAGGAAAUACACUAAUGGCUUUACAGUUGCAGUUCGCUAUUCCUUUAUUUUGUGCAGUCAGUGCUAUACCAAUUUCCCAUUUCAUAUUUUUUUGAAGAUAGAUAUUCUGACAGAAUGAACUCGCUUGAUAUGUUAAUUUACUUGUUGCAUAUAAAUACAUACUUUUCUUGCUGUGUGAAACAAAAACAUACCAUUAUAUCAAUGACUGUACACAUUGCUGUUUUACCACCAUAACUUGCUUUUAUAGUGUUAGUCAUUUCCAAAAAAAACAGAAGUUAGAGCAUGGCUGGCCCUUAAAAUUUUAUCAAUUUGAGCUGUUUCUUGAAAUUUAUAUAAAUUAAGUGUUAAACACUCACCAAGAAGGAUAACAGUACUCUGGAUAAUAAAUAUCCAUUUAAUUUAAAAAUGGGAGCUUUCCUACAACUAUGGAAAAGCUUAGACUGAAGAUUUACAAUUUUAAUCUUAAAUUAGUAUGUUUAACUUGUGAUAGUUGAACAGCUUCCAAAAUGUUGUGCUGUAUUUGUAUUUUGGCUAGUUUGUUUUGUUCACAAUUGUGUGUUAAUUUUGCUUCACUUAACUUCGUUAUUUUUUAAUACUUCAAUAAAAUAGCACUCAGACAUA